AACACAAACAACUGUUCGUUAGUCUCUACAAUGGCAAAGAUCGGUACAGAAGUGUACAAGUUUAUUUUAGUGACUACAUUAUUAUAUUAUAGUGAAACGUGCAACUGUGACCAAGGAAAUGUGUUCGUAUCCAAUUUAAAUGAUAACGUUCAAGGUCCUUAUUACAAUCUCUUUGAACAUCCAAUCAGUGAACGGAUCCGUUUGCUGUUUAACCGGAAUCAAAACCGUCAGCUGCCAAUUGAGAAAUUUAAAAAUGAAGGAGAAAGGAACAUUCAAGAUUUAUUCAAGAAAUUAAAAAUCUCUGCAAAUUCUAGGACAGAGUCUUUAAAAACACAGAAGCAGCAUCGUCUGCUUCCCAGAAGAUUGGUUCGACAAGCAUAUCCAGAGUAUAAACCUAGUUUAUACCCCAGUCUGCCAACGCCGCCGCCGAGCUAUCAUCAACAACCAUAUUAUAAUAAUAAUUUUCCUCAAUCAAACCUAACAAGUUAUACGCCUCCUUUCAAUCCUCAAUGGCGACCUACGAAUAUGCACAAUUAUUCUCAACCUGGCUACCCAGGAUACCCGGGGAGUAAUAAUGGUAACAACUACCCCGUUAACCCGAGCUCUUAUAACCCGACUUAUCCGCAUCCCCGACCGUCAGCACCUGUUAGCCCAAAUCCAGCCGACAACCCAAUUUUUGGCCACGGUCAUGGCCACCGAUAUCCUUACCAAACACCUACAAAUUAUAGCUUUGGGCCACAAAACCCAUCGGGCUACCAACCUCCUUUGGAUUCUUUAAAUAACUACAAUCGUCCCUCUAAUUGGUCAUCUUACGGUGUUCGUAAUAAUAGUUUUAACUAUAAUCCAAGUCAAAGACCCUAUUAUCCAUCCGGAAACAGUACACCGAGUCCAUAUAGGCCGAGCUACCCACCCCAUUCUUCAACUCAAAGAUACUCGGCACCUUAUAGUACAACUCAAAGAACUCCAUUUCCAUAUAAUCCCAAUCAGUUUGGUCCUUACAAUAAUUCACAAACCGGUUUUUACCCAAACGGGCCAAAUGUCCCAGGGUAUAAUAAUCGCCCGACAUCAGGUGGUCACCAAGGACCGUAUAACCAAGCUCCUUAUCAUUCCAACCACAAUGUUACUGGUUUUCAGACCAGACCAGUGAAUUCAAGUUACUCACAUCAAACUUGGCCUCAUGACGCUUCGCAUAACGGAAAUCGGCCAUAUAAUCCUGCCCAGUAUCCGUCAAGUCCCUAUGGUAAUAAUUUUCCCAAUAACUACAAUUCAAAUCCAGGACAGUCAAAUUCCUAUGGAUAUAAUUUGACAGGAGUCAGUCCCUAUCAAGGUGUAAGUUUUAAUGGUUAUAACAAUGCUACACAGCCAUACAAUCAGUAUCCCGGAAGUACCCCUGGUUUUUACCCCAAACCUCAGAACAACGGCACCAGCACAUACAGGCUUGCCGAUUACUACACGCCUAACAUACCAAACCAACCUCCACGUAAAGAUAACUUUGGACAAGAUAAUUUAUAUUAUCCGUCGAACGCAACACUCGACCCCACUAGAGUGUCUCCGCACCGUUUCUCAUAUUAAUUAAAUUAAACCUAGUAGAUAUUACACUUAGCUCCACCCACGUGUAUUCCUGGAUCCUUUCAAAGAAUAAAUGUCCCAUUGUAUAUUUUUUCUUUAUUUAUGGGUUAAAAAUAAUCCACAUUCAAUUAUACACGAAUUUUCGGUUUAUAUUAAUCAAAAAUAGGAUUGAAAAGCUGGUGAUUGAUAGUUUUUUUAACCGUAUAAAAAUUAUACGUUGUGUUUUAUAUGCACGACGUAAUUUAACUCACUAUUUUAGUGAAACAGAUGUAUUUAAUAAAUGAUAUAAAACAGUUCUGUGCCACUUGCAAGCAAAACAAAGUAUAAAAAUCACCGAAAUCAGGCUUUAUCGGUAUAUAUAUAAAGCCUGAUCGCAAUUUUAUUUUUAUCUCUUUUAGUUUUUUGUAUUGUAGAUUUAUUUAAUUACACACUGUAUAAAUUAUUUUUUUAUCAUGUCUAAUGCAUAUUUCUUUAAAAAAAAUCAAUCCGCAUAGUUGUUGUUAUUGCUUAAUCUUUUUUUGGAUUUGUCCCAAUAUUUUGUAAAAUUACUUAAAGGUCCAAACCCGUUGAUAAAAUGUUUGUCUUCACAAUAUUUAAAUAUAUUUCAAUUAAAUAAAACAACAUAAUGUACUCAA